AAACCCAUGAAGAAAACCCACAUUGAAGAAAAACCAAGAAGAAAAACAAUGUUGAAGAAAAACUACAUUGAAGAAAAACCAAGUUUAAAGGUUAGUAUUAUGUUUGUGACUACUUUGGGAACAGAAGAUUGUUUACUUUAG